AUGAAAUCAUUAGCAAGGGUUAUAAUCAAGAGGAUAUCGAAGGCUUUGUUCUACACAAAGAACCCAACAAAAGUUCAAAAUGGUCAUUAUUCUCUAGGUCAGGAUCUAACUUAAUGGACAUAUGAAGAAUUAUUGGGAAUCCUCCAACUGUAUCAAUAAGAGAAUAUCGUCAUUUUAAUUAUUCUCAGAAAAACAGUAAAUCUCAGAUUCAUAUCAAACUGUUGAACUUGAUUCUCCAGAUAUUCCUGAUCAAUUUCAAAUUAUAGAUAGAGAUACAUUUGUCAAGAAAUAAGCCUUGGAAUCCUUCAGAAUUGUACAUCAUUCCAAUAUCUAGACUGAUACAAUAUCCUUGAUUCCAUUUGAAAAGACUAUUACUUGCAAAUAAAUGUAUUUUUUCAUAGAUGAAAACAUCGAACUCUAAUUUGAUAUCAGUCCGUUUUUUAUUCUCAUAACAAUCAAGUCCCAUUCAAGAAGGAGGUGGCAUUCUAGAUUUCUUUUCAAAAACCAUUGUAUUCCCAAUUCAACUUCUCCCUAUGGAGCGGAAAGUCAAGAGAACUCUCCAGGACUUUAUCCAACUCAGAAACUACUCUCAGCUGCAUUUCCAGAGUACAUUGUAAAACUAUUCUCUUAUUUAGAUUCCUUCCUUUCCCUACUAUGACAUUUAUGACAAUGAUAUUCUUAUGAAGGAACAAAACAAUGUUGUCAAAGUCUUAAAUGUAAUGCUCCUUACCUUAUUUAGGUAUUUCUUUAAAUUUACAAUAAAAAACCCAUUGUGAAAACUAUUUCUUUAAGUUUAUUCUUUUUAAAUGAAAACAACUCAAAACAAUUUCAAUAGAAAUUUUACAAGUAAAAUAAUUCAGAAGUAAAAGAGUAUUAAGGAUAUUUAAAUGGAGAACAAGGAAAUUACAAUGUCAUACAAAAAUACUUAGAAUAAUUUGCUGAAUUCACUUAUAAGGGUUAAUAGAGUCUUGGUUAUUCAAUGUAAAUGAUCUAAUAAUUAUGCAAUCUCUUCCAUCAUAUAAUGAAGCUCAAGAAUUUGGAAAACCAUUAUGUGUGAUUAAAUCCUAUUUUGUAAUUUGAAUCCACUAUUUGAUAGCAAACUUAAAAAGAAGUUGUCUUAAGAUCAACAAAAUAAA